AUGGAUGCUUUUGUAACUCGCUUGAGAACUCUUGCAAAAACGUGCCAGUUCGAUACAAGUUUAGAUGAAAUGAUCCGUGACCAAGUCAUUGAAAAGUGUGCUUCGAACGCUCUUCGGCGUCGCCUACUACGAGAACAAGAACUAACAUUGAACAAUUUAUUAUCGAUUGCUCGUUCAUUCGAACUGGCCGAUCGCCAGGCCUUAGAAAUCGAACAAAAGUUUGAAUCAUCCACUCACCUCAAUUCCAUCGAACGAAAUAGAGAUUUUCAACAACCACGGCGUAAUUCUGCGAAGCGUGAAGACAAUAAGGCCAAUGGAACUGUGGAUUCUGUUUACCGUCCACCGCCCGCAUGUGCUUGCAACUACCGCAAGAAUUUUUCAUUAUUCUUAAUUAUUUUCAUUAUUUGUCAUUAUUUUUAAUUCUACGCAUCGAAACUUUCAAAUAUACAUCAAAUCAUCAAAUCUUCGAUAUAAAAAGCCGCACAUUGCUGAUGUAUGAUGGAUCAGUCGGCAUUUGUUCGGUACACUCGGAAAUUCGCGAGUCUGACAUGUGCAAAUUCGAAAACAAUGGCGUAACAAAGAAAUUUUCAGCAAAGGAAAGCCCAAAAAUGAUAAAAGAAUGCUGGACAAAAGUGUUGAUGGUCGAGAUCAAAAGAAAACGAUUUAAGGAUCAUUUUUGGUCGGAAAAUAGAUAAUAACAAAAAUAAUGAAAAAUGAAUAAUGAAAAAAAACCGCAUCAGAUUUUUAAAAUUCUAGGACGGUAAACAGAAUCUACAGUUCCAUUGGCCUAAUAGGCAAAAAUGUGUUUGUUAUUGUUGUGGCAACGAAGGGCACCGUGCGAAGGAUGUCCAAUGUCCUGCCCUUGACAAAACCUGCCGACGUUGUGGCAAGUCCGGUCAUUUUGCUAGGGUCUGUCGCCAAAAGACCAACAAACCGAAGCAAUACAAGGAGAAUGCUCGACAGCUUGAACAGUCUGACGAUGACUCUUCUGAGAACGAAUGUUUAUUUACUCUCACGGCUCAUAAUGUGCAUCAUCGCUCGGACAGCCUUCAUAUGUUGGAAAUUGAACACAUUCCAGUGCAAAUGCUUAUUGACUCGGGGGCUAGUGUUAACGUCCUUGAUCUCGAGACAUAUCAUCGUCUAAAAGCGCGAAAAGGAGUCCAGUUAAUGCCUUCUACCCUUCGUGUUUACGCAUACGGUUCUACGACCCCACUUAAUAUCCUGGGAACAGUCUCCGGUCGGGUAAAAUGCAACUGUGCAGAAAUCGUGGCCAAGUUCGUAGUGGUACACGACCAACACGCUGGUUGUCUUCUCGGGCGACAAACUGCCACUCAACUGGGACUUUUGCGGGUUGGACCUCAAGUUUCGUCCAUCAAUUGUGCAGUAUCUCCCUAUUCCCUUCGCCAACGGUAUCCCAGUGUCUUUGACGGAGUAGGAAAACUCACCAAUUACCAGCAAAAAAUUUCCAUCAACACCAACAUCAAACCUGUUGCUCAGCCCCCACGUCGAAUUCCCUUCCACGUUCGCAAGCAAGUUUCCGCCAAACUUGAAGAACUCGAAAGGCUGGAUAUAAUCGAGGAGGUCCGUGGCCCAACACCCUGGGUCUCACCCUUGGUGGUCGUACCAAAAUCUAGUGGUGAAAUCCGUGUCUGCGUAGACAUGCGCCAGCGAAUCCACCAGUCAGUCGUCUCGGGUAACUGGCCGAAAACUAAAGAAACAGAUCCCUAUUUUUGCGUUAAAAAUGAACUGACAGCGACAGAGUCCUUACUUCUUCGUGGCUCGCGUAUCGUGGUUCCAGCCAGUCUACAACCUACCACCCUACAACUGGCACACGAAGGCCACCAAGAGAUUGUUCGAACAAAACAGCUCUUGCGAGAGAAAGUCUGGUGGCCUGGGAUCGACAAAGACGUUGAACACUUGAUUCGUUCCUGUAUUUCCUGUCAGGCCCAGUCCUCCCAGUCACGCCCACAGCCACUUACCAUGACAGAAAUGCCUUCACGUCCGUGGACCGUCUUGCAUGCUGAUCUAUGUGGUCCUUUCCCUAGUGGUGAGUCGCUUCUGGUUUUAGUUGAUUCAUGUUCUCGAUGGCCAGAAGUUUUCAUUUUAAAGAGCACAACUGCAGCAGUCAUCAUCAAUCGCAUGAAAUCGUGCUUCGCUGUGCAUGGUCUCCCAGAAGCAAUCGUUACAGACAAUGGACCUCAAUUUGUGGCUGAAGAGUUUGAUUUGUAUCUUCGAGAGCACGGCAUCACACACCGUCGAGUAACACCUUAUUGGCCACAAGCCAAUUCCGAAGUCGAACGGUUUAACCGCACACUCGAGAAGGCCAUUCGCGCUGCAAAUACCGAAGGAAAAGAUUGGAAAAGCGAGCUCAACACCUUCCUACUCAAUUACCGAGCAACAGCUCAUUGCACUACUGGCAAAUCACCCGCUGUUCUCUUGUUUGGUCGAGAGAUACGCACCAAGCUCCCGUCGUUGAACACUAGCCGUUCGCCAGCUUCAACGUCACCUGUUGUAGACCCCGCCAUUCUAGAGCGUGAUCGUUGUCAGAAAGCAAAGAUGAAGAAGUAUGCGGAUAAGAAAAGACGUGCAGCACCUUCCAACAUAAAGAGGGGUGACAAAGUUCUUUUGACGCAAGAACGAAAGAAUAAGUUAUCCACAAAAUAUGACCCAGACCCAUAUAUA